GGAGCUGAAGGAGAAGGGACUCCUCAACAUCAAAUGUCUGGCUACCUCCCAUUCAAAAGUCCUUCUUUGCAGACUUCGUGAGGUUUCCUUGGCAGUCACCAAAGAGGUGACCAACCUCCGCUCCAAGGUGUCUCACUCUGCAAUUGUCACUCUUGGAGAGCUCUUUGUGACCUUGAAGAAGGACAUGGACUCUGAGGUGGAUGAGGCUGCUCGGGUCUUGCUCCAGAUGGUUUGGAACCCCCCUGAGUUCCUUCAGAAAGCAGCCAGUCAGAGCCUGGGCAUCAUGCUGGAGAAUGUGACUCCUUCACGAGCAUUGACUGCUCUCAUGGACGGAGCCCAGCACCGCCAUGUCCUGGUGCGGAAUUGUGCAGCCCAACACCUGCUGACAGUGAUGGAGAAGAUCGGACCUAAGAAACUGGCAGACACACCCGUCAGGGCCGAGAGGCUGCUGUGCCUGGCGAUUUUUGAUCAUUUUGUCCCGAGGCUUUGUGAUUACAACAAGAAAGUGAAGCAGCAGGCGUUGGAGGCGCUAUAUUUGAUGAUAGUCACGCUCAGAGAUGCCUUAAACCCAGUGCUGAUUCGUCUGGUGGAAGCGAUCAUCAACAAUCUGAAUUCAAAGCACUUGGGCAUUUAUGGUGCAGCUGUGAGAUCACUGGAAGCAUCCACUGUUUACCUAG